AUGUCACUGAAACUCAUUUCGAAAUCUUUCGGAAAUAAUUUUCGGUUUCUCUCGACACGAAACGAUAAUCGAAGAAAAAUUCAAGAAUCAACAUUGGAUCUCGUCGGGAAUACACCGUUAUUAAAGUUGAAAAAGAUCACGAAAGGACUUGAGGCGAUGAUUGCUGUUAAAAUGGAGUAUAUGAAUCCGGCAUGCUCGGUGAAAGAUCGAAUCGCAUUGGCGAUGAUUGAGGAUGCUGAAAAGAAAGGUUUAAUUAAACCGGGGAAAACCGUGCUCGUUGAGCCAACAUCGGGAAAUAUGGGAAUCGCGUUGUCGAUGCUUUGCGCGGCGAGGGGAUACAAAUUGAUCCUCACAAUGCCCUCGUCGAUGUCCGUUGAGAGGAGAGCGCUGAUGAAAGCUUACGGUGCACUUUGCGUUUUGACAAACCCAGCCACAGCUGUGAAAGCUGCCGUCGAACGAGCCUCGGAGUUGAUUCAACAAAUCCCUAACGCACAUAUGCUCAACCAGUACUCAAAUCCAUCCAACCCACUCGCUCACUACCAAACAACUGGACCAGAGAUCUGGGCACAAACCGAAGGAAAAGUGGAUAUCGGAAUUUUCGGCGUCGGAUCAGCUGGAACAUUCACGGGAGUUGGUCGCUUUUUGAAAGAGAAAAACCCGAAUAUACAAAUGUACCCAGUUGAACCAUACGAAUCAUCGGUGAUCAACGGCUUCCAGCACACUCCACACAAGAUUCAAGGAAUCGGUGUCGCUUUUAUUCCUGACAAUCUUGAUCAAAGCCUUUUCACUGAGGCACUUCGAGUGCACUCUGAUGAUGCAAUCGCGAUGGCUAAACGUUUAGCGAAAGAGGAAGGCAUUCUUGGUGGCAUCUCGUCUGGAGCAAAUCUUGUCGCUGCUAUUCGGUUAGCUCAACGACCGGAAAACAAAGGGAAAUUGAUUGUGACCGCCGUGAACAGCUUUGGCGAGAGAUAUUUAUCAACGGCUUUGUAUCAAGAUAUUCAAGUGGAGGCGCAAAAAAUGGGUGAAACGAGUAUUGAUGAAGAUUUGAAAAAUAUCGAGAAAUGGUUGAGGGAA